GGCGUGUAUGACAUGUUUGUGUCUAACCAACGUUAGCAAGUAAGUGGUAUAGAUUUUCAAAUUCCUGGAGCAAGGGGGUUUAUGUUUAAUAUCAUCAUGCUUUCAUGCAAACGUUUUACAAAGGGCGUAUGGGCAAUGAUUCUUUCAGGUAAUCCAUAUUCAUCCGCUUUAGCUAGUUGCUUCACCACCAACACGCAGCACUCAAACUGUUACCCGGAUGGAACUGUCAUGGCCGCCGUCACUGACCUGCGAGACUAAAGAGAAAAGAAAGUAAAGUGGAAACAUGGAGACUGAUGUGGCGAUGCUAGACGAUCCACCAGGAAAAGACGAGAGCAGCAACGAUACCGAAAAAGAUGUAGCUGAGGCUUCGAAUGACGACAAAGAGCCUCCCUUGAAGGAGACCUUUGAACAGCUUCCAUAUGGACAAUGCAGCUAUCAGAGUGAUCAAGAUGAAGUCUUUGCUGCUGAAGAAGUAGUCAUUGAUGACUGCCAGCCAGGUGGGAAAGCCUCCAAGAAGUCACCAUGGAAGAUGCAGCAAGGGGCUAUUUUCUCUGGGAAGAUUCUCAGCUUCUGUUGUUCCGAAUGCAAAACAGACACAACAUACAGCCCCAAUGACCUGCUAAAGCAUUUUCAAGAACGUCACAAAGGCACCCUUCCCACAUAUCCAUGCGACUUGUGCACUUUUGUCACCAACGAGUUCUCCUCCUUUCAGCGCCAUCGCAUUGUGCACCGGGCACCUCAGGUCACGUGUGAGAUCUGCAAUGACGGUGUGCAGUAUUCCUUGUUAUUGCUAACCAGGCACUAUAUACUGAGUCACAGCCAAAACGGGCACUUUAACUGCGAGAAAUGUGAAUUCUCCACCAGGGAUGCUGGUACGUUUGUGCAACACAUUCAUCAUCACAAUGAGGGAAGGAAUGCAUGUGUGGAAUGUCAGUAUGUUAGCCCCUCAAAAAGGGAACUUCAGAGACAUGUUUCAGGCCAUUCUGCAACCUUCCCCUUUACUUGUCACUUUUGUGGCUACGGAGCAGCAAGGAAAGAUUACCUUACAAAGCACAUGGCGACAGCCCACUGCGAAGAAAAAGCCAGGUGCAAAACGGAGGACAAACCGUGUGUGACUUCCCCGACAGGCCUCAAACUUCUGUUAAAAAAAGGUCCUGUUGCAGGUGGCUCAAGAGAGCCACAGUGGAUGUCAAAACUCAAUAAUCUACCAGGUGCAGGUCUCUUAGAUCAAAACGGGAGAUUUUACAAUCCAGAGAAAGCAUUGGAAGAAACGCAGCAGUUUCUAGAAAGAGCAGUUAGGGUCAAAAAAGAAAAUAGUUUGCGGUUGAACAGUGCCGUGAAGACAGAGCCACAGUGUUCGUACCCAUCCUCACCGACCAUCCCCCAUCCAAAACCACCAGAGACUGACACCAGCCCUGGGUCAGCACCUCUCAGUCCCAAUAACAACAACAAUAACGGAUUAACUGUCCUCAUGGUCAAAAACAAAAUCUCGAUUCCCCCAAAUUGCACCACAAAAGUCAUGGGUUUCAAAAUUGUGGAUGGUAAAAAACACUUAGUUCUCAAGGUCAUACCCACGAAGCAAGAGUCCUGCGAGUCUCCCAGUGAGGGGUCAACUACAAUAAAAGAAGUAGACUCAACUAAAUAUGCAGAGUUUUCUGAUGACGGAGACAAAUCGCAUUCCCCAUGUUCACUCAUGUCGUCUCCUGCUGCUCUUCCUCCGUCAGAUGCAGUGGAAUCGGGCACAUCAGGGACAUUGAAUGACCUUGCAAAAGCAAUGAAGGUCAUUGACAGUGAUAAUGACAUCAUUGAUGUGUUACCAAUGGAAAUUGAGAGUGCGGGCGAUGAAGAGCAAAAUGGGAACUGUGGCAAAGCAAACCAUACUUUACAGCAGGAAAAUGGUUCACCCACCUCACAGUGUGAAAUACCUGCGUCUCUGCUGACCAAAGAGAGGAAAACUACUGUGCAGCAGUCUAUGGGAGACACACAUGCUGAGAAAAGAUUGUCAUUUGAUAGUCCCCGAAAGUCAACUGCAGAGGUGUUACGCCUGGAUAAAUCUUUAGAUUCUAGUGUAAACGCAACCCCAACUGCACAUUCCAAAGCCUCACUCUCAGAUUCAUCCACAGAAGGCAAUACACCUUUAAAAGCAUUGAUGGACAGUUCUGCAACCUCACAUUCUAUUGCAAAGGUAACAACACCAGAUCCAGUUGCAAACGCACUGUCAGAUUCACCUGAGGAUCUAACUAUGCCUUCACAUCUGACAAAAAAUGAUCUCUCACCUUCAAAAUCAAUUGAAGUGUCAGCAAUGCAGUCUCCUCAGUUAUCAUCAGUCACAAAUACACCUGCUGAUGAAAUCACAGACCGUGUCCCAUGUUCCAGUCCUGCAGCUGAUGAACCCACCCCUCCAAAUAGUGACCUUAUUCCUUCAGAUGUAACUUUGCAUGAAACGAUACCUUCAAAUUCUCCUCAGGUGAAAGGUGCUUUUUCAGAUUUAGCUGAGGUCGAAGAUACAAAAGGUUCAGGAGAGGAUGAAAUCACCUCAAACGACUUAGGAGAGGUCAGUCAAAGACCCCCAGAGUCAGCUUGCAAUGCCUCCUGUUCAGAUUUAGAUAGGUCCUCCACACUGUCAGAGUCCCAUGAGGAAAUGGAAGUAGUUAAUUCACUUGUUUCCCAUCCAAGGCCCUCAGAGACAGUUAGCGAUAUCAGCCAAUCUGUGAAUUCAAUGGAGAAUAAUAGUGCUGCUUCAGAUUCAGAUGACAAUAGAGAUGUUCCUGUAAGUUCAUCAGAGUGUGCAACUUCAGAUUUGAAUGAGAAUCCGCUGUUAGAGUCACCUGAGAACAAAGACAGAUCUGAAAACAUGGAAAUACCUCUUAAUUUUGUGGACCACAAAAACACUCCCUCUAGUUCGAAUGAGGUUAGUAACUUACCUUUACACUCAAUUGAGGGAGAAGACAGUCAUUCAAAUUGCAAAAGCCCUUCAGAUAAGACAAACACAGAUAAUACCAGGCACAUUGAUAUGCCUGAUCUGACCUCAGCUACUUCUACUCGUAUGAAAACCAGAUCCUCACAUCGAGUCAUAACAACACUUUCAAAUAAAGCCAAGAGUGUACCUGUCAAUGCAAGGACUGCAGGUGUAGAUGUAACUGACAUUAAACAUGCAGCUCAAACUUCCAAGACCGUUUCCACUCUGCCUUCCAUUGUUGAGAGACUCAGAAACGCUGCUCUUAGUGCAACAGCAAUUAAGCCCUCAAGUACAUUAGAUACUGAUGUCGUCUCUGAUUCUACAAAGGAUGACAUUGAUGCAGUAAAUGGAAGUCCUGUCUUUGAUACUGAACCAGUGGCACUUAAAAUUGCACAUAACAAACCUACACUGUUACCACCAACUGACAAUGCAAACUGUGUUGUCGAAAAGCCAACAUCUCCAAAAUGUUCUCUCACUACCAAUUUAGCCCUGAGUGACUGUGCAAUGUCCUGCCCCGUGCCUAUCCCCAAAGAUUCCAGUGACUCAGAGAUGUGUCCAAAUGUUAACAAACGGAAUCCAUUAGGUUCUGGAGGACCAUUGAAAGCCAGAGGGAAAUCAGACAGUACCCCUCCCUCUCAUGCUAAAGACACCCAGGCCAAGAGCCCUGAAGGCAACUGCCGAGUCCACAGCAAUCAUGUCACUGAGAAACAGAGCUCCAUUACCCCCCAAAACCACCACUCUGCCAACACCAGAACUAUCCCUAAACCCUUUCAAUUACCCAGUGCCCAGCACACACCUAGUGCCAAGGACUUAUCUGUACAGAAACGACCUGUUCCUCCAGCAGUUGCGGAAACAGACACAGUGUUGAUAGACAGUGACAGCGAAGAGUCAAGUUCCGCACUUAAUUCUCCUACUCAGGAGGUCUUCAGUUUCCACAACUACUCGAAGGAAACUUCUAGCAGUUUCCCUGAUUCGGUUCUGUCAAGUGAGCAGAGUGCAGGGCAGGCUCAUGACACUGAGGAGGUUGAUGAGGUGGAGGACUGUGGUGAUUUCUCUGCUGACUGGAGGUUGACACUAGAUGCCUCCCCCACUCCUCCUCAAGCAAGCUGCUGCGAAGAGGAGGAGGCUGAUAAGUGUAAAACCGAGGUUCAAAGUUUAGAUGACGAUGACCCUCCCAACACAAGCGCAACAUCACUGGAAAGAGUGUCUGAUAGGGACAUAGAGGUGGAUGACUGCAUUGCUGCCAUAGACGAAACGUCUCAUGCUGUGGAGAAGCAAACUAAUGUGCAAAAUGCUCCAUCUUCGUCGUGUAAAGAUAAGGAGGAUGCUGCAUCCGUCGGUCAUAAGGGACCUGGUGUAAAAAAUAAUGUGGCAGUGUUGGGCAGAAUACUUGAAAAGCACUCUGAUGCUAUUAUAAACCAUCAACUUGAAAAAGAAAGACUGGUAACUCCGGUUGGUCCUGCAAGUCAUGUAGCUCCUGUAGCUUAUGAGUCAGUGAAGAGAACAAAAACGACUCUAAAAAUCCUUCAGACAUCAGAGGGUAAACAGCAAAUGUUUCUUCAGACUCCAGACAACCAGUACACACCUGUUAAGCUUGCAAGUGGCCCUGGUUUUAAACUCAUCACCAAGUCAUCAUCAUCCAAAAUCAACGUGUCCUAUGUCCAACCUGGGAUUGAAAGACCAAGUAAAGCCACUGGGCUGGCCCUAACUGUAGGCAAACCUGGGGUGGGUCUUCAGGCCUCUAGUAGUGGGGAUAAAGCACCUAUGCCCUUUUCAGCUCUUCAAUUGGGCACCACCAGCAGUGGCGGGCGUUACCUUGUUAACACUGCGUCUUUGAAGAGGCCCAUCCUCCUAUCUGGCGCCGUUAAGUCUCCUACAGGAGAUCAGACGACAACUCGUCCACAAACUUGCUAUCUGCUCCAAAGGCCACUUCCCGUUGUGCCAGGGACUUCCGGGCAUGAGUCAGGUUCACAGCCACUGCAAAAGUCCCGGCCAGUAUUGGCUAUGCCUGUGCAACAAACCGAUAAGACCAGUCCACUUCAAACAGGCCGACAAGCUUACCUGGUCAGGUACCUCUCCCCAGCAGAAAAAUCUGGAGUAUUGUUUGGGAAUGCAGAGGGCAAAGCAGCAGGCUCAAACACACUUUUGAAUGAAAGCGGAAAGAGCAGGGUGUUCCUUAAAGUCGUCAGGAGUGCCAACGGCACCAGAUUUCUUUCUGGUGUGCCGGGAUCCUUGGGCAAAAAGCCCAUUUAUUUUGCCACAGGAGGAGCACUUCAAUCCCCGUGUUUUGUCAUGUCCUCUAACAAUUCAGUAGGCUACGUCCCAGCUGGACUGAAAGCGUCAAGUUUACAGCACGUCCCCAGCGGCCAGCAACCAGCCACAUUGGCACAGUUUUUCGAGACCCAGGUGCCACAAGUGACUGUCCCAGAGGCCGAUCUGAUCACACAUAAAGCACCACACCACGUUUCGAAUCAGACUCGGCGCAAACGGAAGAAGCACAGGAAAGCCUUGUUGGAUGACAUGUCAGAGAGCUCCUCCAAAGCUCGUAGGCUGUCUGGCAGAACAGAGAGGGAGGAACCAAAAGAGUGGGCACCGGCAUCCAAGGACGUUGAAAGGACACUCAGACUCUCCCCUUUCAGUGCAUUUCAGCACAUCAAAUACCCCCGUCAGAACCAGCCUGUGGUCGUGCUCAACCACCCAGACGCAGACAUUCCCGAAGUGGUGGGAAUCAUGAAGUCUGUGAACAAGUUCAAAGGCGAAGUGCUGAAAGUGGCACUGUCCGAAAGAACGGUCCAAGCCCUCUCUGAGCUAGACCUCCCUCCAGGCGACCCAGAGCUGAGACCUAACGCGGCAAAGACCUUCACACCUCAUGGUAGCAUGAGGGCCAGGAUACUCGGGGGCAACGUCAGAGAAAGGUUCAUCCUGAACCUGAAGUUGAAAAAAACAAGCAGAAACAAGUACGAGGUGGUGAGGAAGUCCUCAUCCAGCAGCUCUGCAGAGCAGUCACCUACCUUUUCCUGCUGGUUCUGCGGACGCAUAUUCAAUAACCAGGAGGACUGGAUAGGCCAUGGGCAGCGACAUUUGAUGGAGGCAACCAGAGACUGGAAUAAGUUGUUCUAGAGCCCAUUGAUUGGGUUAAAAAGCCGUCCUUUAAGAUAACUUUACUGUACAGACAUUGAAGUAACUUGAUUUUAUUUCUUGUUUUUUGAAAGACAUAUUAUUUUUAAUCUAAAAAAGAUAAAAUAGUUCUCCAUCCAGAAGCUUUUAUUUCGUAUAUUGGAAUAGAAAAGAGUGGUACCUAAAGCUCCUUUAUUUGUAUAUAAUCACCUGUAUAUUUAAAAAUGGAAAAGUUUGUGUUUGUACAGAUACGAACUGUGAAAACUGGACACACUGUUAAUCAACAGUGCGUAAACUAAGAGAUCACUGGUAUAAGGAAAAGGUGCUGUCUGUCACUUUAAUGCAGACUAUUCACAAAUUACUCAGGUGAUUUCAUAGUCUCUGAAUGAUCCAGUUUGUGUAUUUGUUUUCCUAUAACUGCAUUAAGGACAUAUAAAAGUUAUUGGAACAGGUUAUUUAAAUUUAUUUUUGCCCAUACAAUGUUGACAGGUGAAAUGACCUUAAAUGUUUAUAUAAUUUUGUUUGUCCCAACGUUUUUGGUUCUCUAUUUUUAAAUUAACCAUAUGAUCAUUUCAAUGGUUUACUUGUCCGGAUUUUAUAGAGAGGAAAUGACUAAGAAACUAAACACUUUUCCUGUGGAAACAGACCGUUAUACACUUUUAUGCCCAGAAAAUAUAAUUUUAUCAAUUUUACACUGUAUUUGGAUAUUUGCAGAUUUUUUGUUUGUUGGUGCCAUGCAUCAUAUGGGCCCAGUGUCAUCUAAAAGUAGCAAUAUAAAUUUCUAGUGUUGUUUUAACCUUUUCAUGUCCCUUAUUUUGCUUUUAAAUCACGUCUGUGUCUGUUCUUUGUUAAAUGUAGAAAGCUGUUCUUAUUUCCCCGUUUUUGCAAGAGGACGUGGGAGUGUAGUGUGAGUUCAAGAGAACAUUCUCAGAUACUUGUACAAUAGACCUCGUGGAGCCCACCAAACACUAACCAUAAGACUACUUUUUUAAAAUCCCAGUGCCUCGAAAUCAUUCAGGCUGGGCUGGAUGUUGAUAUAUGAUACUGUAUGUUUUACCCCAGCUAAAUGGAUGUUGAAUUCAGGUGAAUGAUAUUCUGGCAUUGUUUGAAAGUUAAGUACCACAACCCCGUAGUUACCCAUAACAACUUAACUGGUUUCCUCAGUAUUUGAAUGCUGCACUCAUCUUGAUUGAAUUCUGUAAUUUGGUGACAUGUUACAGAACAGUUAAAUGGUGUGUGUGUGUGGGGGGGCUUUCUCAGGAUAUACCUGUUAUUUCAUCAUUAUUAUUUUAACUAUAACAACAUCAAGGUGCUUUAUUUGUUGAAGGAAAAAAACUUGUUUUUUGCUUUUGUGGUAACACUUGAUUGACCCCUUAAAAUAGUUUUACCAUUUUUAUUCACAACAAAACUUUGUUACUUGCAUGUAACGCGGCAAGAAUAUUUCAGUUGGCGUAGCUUGCUAUAGAACCCUUUCCAGAACCCUAAUAAUCCAUGUUAUAGAUAUGCAUGAUCUUGGACUUUUACAGCAUUGCAUAAUUUGGGAAAAAUUGCAGGAGUUAGGUUUUUAAUUUUACACUUCCACUUAAUUUGAGGGCACAAAUCAAUGCAUACUGUAUCCAUAAGUUCAGUCUGCAUGUGUUCACAUUUUUGUGUCUUUUAAUGGAUACAGCUCGUGCUGUAUUUUAAUGUGAAAAUAACAAUGACCACUACCUGUUUGCAACGCCGCACGAACACAUAUGCUGGUGUUCUUACAUGGUCUGUAAUUCAAGUUGUAAGCGACCACAUGAGAAAUGGUUUACAGAGAAAAAAAUCACCACCAUGACCCAUUUGUAGCAAUGAAUCUCAGUGCUUCUCUUUUGUUAUUUAUUCUUUAUUUAAUGUUUUUUCAAGGGGUUAUUCACAAUGCUUUUUUGCUCCAUCUUUUCCCUCACAUUUUCCGUUAUCAUAUAUGUGUUUUUGAAUAUGCUGACAAUCACUGUAUCUGACCGUUGAUGUACUGUACUGUUGGCUUGCAUACCUUACAGUUUUUUUCCUCCGAGAUCCCCCUAUUAACCCUUUUCUGAUACACCCGUUCUUGGCAUAGAUUCCAGAAAACCAAAAUGUCGAAAAGAAAAGAAAUAGAGAGAAAAAAAUGAUAACAUUUCAUGUAAACAUUGCUGAAAUUCAGUGUGGUCUGAGAAAAGGAGUUUAUUUUUGUAAACAAAGUGCCUAAAAUGUGAUGCACCAGGUUGACACUAUUGUACUGUAGUAACUCUCCUCUUGCAGUUCUCUCCAUUAAAUGUAAAUACUUUGAAAUGUCCCAAGAAAUUGUUUUACUGAGUGUUUUUUCCCCUUCAGAAUGCAG